AUGGAUGACGACGGGCGCUACAGAGACGGCCGCUCAGACUUCAUCCGCGGCGCCAAGGACAUUGCCAAAGUUGCCAAGAAGCAGGUCGGCAAGAAGGUGGGGCGCGGCAUGGACAAGAUGACGGACGAGUACACCAAGCGCUCCUACAAGCGCUUCGAGGAGGAAGACGACGAGGACGACUAUGCCGGCGUGCCGGGCAACGACGGCGGAUAUUAUCGCAACGACAGCCGGGCCAACGACGACGAAGGCCACAGCGACUCCACCGAAGGACACGACGAGGACGACGAGAUCUACGAAGGCGAGUACCAGGGCAUCCCCAGGGCAGACUCGGGCAAGCCCGGCAGCAUGGACGGAGUGACGGCCACCCAGGCGCAGCAGUUCAGGGAUCUGUCGGCCUUCGAGGGCGAGAGGAGGAAAGACCAGGAGGAGCUGGCCCAGCAGUACGAGACCAUCCUGCAGGAGUGUGGCCACGGCAAGUUCCAGUGGACGCUCUACUUUGUCCUGGGCCUGGCGCUGAUGGCGGACGGCGUGGAGAUCUUUGUGGUCGGCUUCGUGCUGCCCAGUGCGGAGAAGGACAUGUGUCUAUCCGAGCCCAACAAAGGCAUGCUGGGUCUGAUCGUGUACCUGGGGAUGAUGGUCGGAGCCUUCGUGUGGGGCGGCCUGGCUGACCGGAUCGGCCGGCGGCAGACCCUCCUCAUCUCCCUCUCCAUCAACAGCGUGUUUGCCUUCUUCUCGUCCUUCGUCCAGGGCUACAGCUCGUUCCUCUUCUGCCGCCUGGCCUCUGGUGUGGGCAUCGGCGGCUCCAUCCCCAUCGUGUUUUCUUAUUACUCGGAGUUCCUGGCCCAGGAGAAGCGAGGAGAGCAUCUGAGCUGGCUCUGCAUGUUCUGGAUGAUCGGCGGGAUCUACGCCUCCGCCAUGGCCUGGGCCAUCAUCCCACACUACGGCUGGAGCUUCCAGAUGGGCUCGGCCUACCAGUUCCACAGCUGGCGUGUCUUCGUGCUGGUGUGUGCCUUCCCCUCCGUGGCGGCCAUCUCUGCCCUCACCACCAUGCCUGAGAGCCCCCGCUUCUUCCUGGAGAACGGGAAGCAUGACGAGGCGUGGAUGAUCCUGAAGCAGGUCCACGACACCAACAUGAGGGCGAAGGGCUACCCAGAGCGGGUCUUCUCUGUGACCACCAUCAAAACGGUGAAGCAGCUGGAUGAGCUGGUGAACCUGGGCGACAACGCUGCCUGGCACGAGAAAUGGAGAGUAAAGCUCACCUCGCUCUUCCACCAGGUGUGGAGUAACUUCCAGACCGUCUUCUCGCCCGAGUAUCGCCGCACCACCUACAUGAUGAUGGCCGUGUGGUUCUCCAUGUCCUUCAGCUACUACGGUCUGACCGUGUGGUUCCCCGACAUGAUCAAGUACCUCCAGAAGCAGGAGUACUCCUCACGCACCAAGGUGUUCCUCAAGGAGAAAGUAGAGCACGUCACCUUUAACUUCACCCUGGAGAACCAGGUCCACCGUCAGGGAGAGUACUUCAACGACAAGUUCAUGAACCUGAAGAUGAGGUCGAUGGUGUUUGAGGACUCGCUGUUUGAGGAGUGUUACUUUGAGGACAUCACCUCCACCAACACCUUCUUCAAGAACUGCACCUUCAUCGCCACCUUGUUCUACAACACAGAUCUUUUCAAGUACAGGCUGAUCAACUGUAAGCUCGUCAACAGCACUUUCCUGCACAACAAAGAAGGCUGCCUGCUGAGCGACAUCAGUGAUGAGAACAAUGCCUACAUGGUCUACUUCGUCAGCUUCCUGGGCACCCUGGCCGUGUUGCCAGGCAACAUCGUCUCUGCGCUGCUCAUGGACAAAAUCGGCCGGCUGAGGAUGCUAGCCGGCUCCAGCGUCAUCUCCUGCAUCAGCUGCUUCUUCCUGUCUUUUGGCAACAGCGAGUCGGCCAUGAUCGCGCUGCUCUGCCUGUUCGGGGGAAUCAGCAUCGCCUCCUGGAACGCCCUGGAUGUGCUGACCGUUGAGCUGUACCCCUCUGACAAGAGAACCACAGCGUUUGGCUUCCUCAACGCCCUCUGCAAGCUGGCGGCCGUGUUAGGAAUAAGCAUCUUCACCUCGUUCGUUGGCAUCACCAAGGCCGUGCCCAUCCUGUUCGCCUCGGGGGCGCUGGCAGCUGGCAGCUUCCUGGCCCUCAAACUACCAGAGACGCGAGGUCAGGUGCUGCAAUAG